CUCCCCGAAAGCUCACCACCACCCUCUUACUGAUUUGAAUGAGUUGCCCAGUGUUUAAUUGAUCCCGGGACAAUGAGGAACUAUCGGGGCAAUUCAGAGCCUCCGAACUCGUGUGACUCCGACGAUUCCGAUUACCAUGAUCGAACCACGGGUUUGCGACGAUCGGGAUUUCCGAUCAAGAUCUCUGGAAUCGCCAUGGGAAGCCAAGAGAGCCUGAAUUCGGGUGAAGAAUCGGGUCCGGCUUUGUGGGAACAUGCUUUGAAUAAGCGUCGAUCUGUGCGAAGUCUGAAGGGUGCUAGUGGUUCCAAGAUGCCGAUGGAGAGUGCUAAUUAUGGUCCCUUUGGAUUUGGGAUGCUGACGAAUAUGCAAAAGAGCAAACGAGGACUCGGAUGCAAUUAUUCGUCGGCGAGAACUAAGCGAUCCUCGUCCAUUAACAAUCUGGUCAACGCCGUGGAACAAAGUCAAGAAAUUGGGAGAGAAGACCUGCCGAAUACUAAUCAUAACAACGACAACGACAACGACAACAACAAUAGCACCAGGCAUUGCUCCAGUAAUGUGAGCACUCGGGAAAGACAGAGCUCCAAGUAUGAAAUAAGUACUUCCGUACUGGACCAUGGGGAACAUGAUGUUGCACAGAAUAGUCAAAGCAUCGAUUUUGAGAACUUUGAGAGAAGAUUUGUGGAACCAAUGCAAAAUCUGGCGUUUGGGGCAGGUGGAACUGUCUCCGAAGAGAUCUCAAAUAUUCCAAGAAAACAAGCGUCGGAGGCUACGAUUCGAACGCGGAACCCUUCUGAAGAUCACCUGCCAAAACUUGAAGCCAUGGACCAGAUUCGUUCAAGUUGCAUGUUCCAGGCCAACAAUGGAUAUUGCGAUCAAGCAGAUCCUACUCAGAGAUUCCAAUCAAUUGAUCAAAGAAGCGAAAAGAGUAAUCAUACUUCUUCACAAGUGGAAACAUCGAUGGUCAAUAAAAGUGACCGAUGUUCUUGGAACACUUAUUCACAGUCUUCGGAAUCAAAGGAACAAUUCAUCUCUCACAUGGACGAGCAUCACUCAACCACUCAAAUCGAAGGUGCGAAAGAAAUGAGAUCUGUUCAUGGCUCAAAAAGCUUUGAAAACGAGAUCCAUACAAAUCUGGAGCAAUUUAGUAGCGUUGGCAAUUGUAGUUAUGAAAGUCAAACUUGCGAUCAAGAAUAUAAAUACCUUGAAGAAUUGUCAGACUUCAGCAGAAAGCAAGAAUCCACUUCGGUUGAGUACGUGUCAAGCUAUGAGAAGUCUUCAUGCAAUGAGAUGGUCCAAGAAACCCAAAAUGUAGCCAGAACUCAAGGCAAGCGACAACAACAACAACAAGCACAAUCGAGUAGUCAAAAGUCGGAAAUCAUAAGUAUCACCUUGCAAUCUAGGGAGAUGAAUCAAUUUCAGCAACAGGAACUGGCCAAGGUUCUUUCUCAAGAGGCCUCCAAAGUGUUCCGAUCCAAAUCAAAAGACAGCCCAGAAACGACUACCGAAAACGAUUUGACAUCUCCCCCACCAAAUUGCCGACAAUCUCCAGUUCCUCAGGAUCCUCCAAUAUCAUCAUCAUGUCAAGAGGAGCCUCUUCCACAGUUUCCAAGCAAGAUAGAAAGUGUUCAGCAGAUUCCGACCAAAACCUGGUUUGCCAGUUUCUUGGAGCAAGACUUGUCCGUCCCAUUUUCUUCCAAUAUGCGGAGAGAAUCAAGUGUUCCACUGUCUGGAGGCGAAGGUUAUCAUCUGCAUAGGCCCAGGAGAUUCUCUGGUUUUUCGAAUGAUCAAGCCAAUCAAGACCUUGUCAGGCGUCUGUCAGUCAAAGGCCGCUCGUCAUCAUCAUCCCACCGUUCCUUCGAUUCAAAGGACGACACGCAAAUACAAUCGGAGUCCCAAGGGAAACACAUUCCCCCGCCAGUUCCCACGACAUUUUGCCAACAAAUCGAUUUGGGGCUCAACACUGAUCAGCUACUCGUUAACAAUAUUGAGAACGUUUUUGACGACGACGACGACAAUGAUGAGGUUCAAGAAGUGAAUCCCGGGGAUGUGAAUAUACAUGAACCAAUGAUCAUUCAACCCCUUUCAAACACUCCGGAUCAACCAAGAACCAUGCUAUUCGAUGAGGUAACCUUUCCAGAUGAGGAGGCCAAUUUGCCCCUGCCACCCUAUCCUGAGCUUGAUCAAAAUCAAGAUAUGCUCCAGGAUGUGAAACAUGACAUUCUACCUCGGGAAAGACUCACAGUUUCCAAAGAUGAGUGUUUGAUCUUUGACGACUUGUUUGAAAAGCUUGUCGAUGACGAAGCCUCCGACGAAGACUUGAAGGUCAAAACAAGACCAAGUGUGUCAAAUUCAAGCUAUCGGGAAUCAACGGUCCAUGAAUCAACGUUCCAAGAAUCUAUAGGCCAAAGAGGUUUGACGUCUCAGAGAGAAUCGAACGUUCAAAAUUCGAAUACUGACGAGUUUGGGACGAAUGAACCAGCGGUUCAAAAAGAGGCAGAGACUAAAGUCGAAGACCCUUAUACAGAAAUGACCUCAACGGGGUCCUUCUAUAGAACCGAUGACGUUUCUGAAGAUUGUACCCAAUUUACACAAACGACCGAGAGUAUCCUGCUUUCCUAUGGGUUCCAAAGGGAACACGACACGUUGGAGAAAUUUAUUCAACCUGACUCAACUGAGUCGAAGGACGAAGAUUUGACCUUUUUUCAGUUGAAGGAUAGAUUCGAAUCUUCCAGCUCCAAGUUAAAGGAGAAACGACAACGGAAUUUGACGAUUGAUUACCACGAUUUGGCGCCAUCCACUUGGAAAUGGAACGGUCAAAUUGCCAAACACGUUCAAGGGACUUGUGAUUCAAAAGAUCCGCUGAACUCUCAAAAGAACAAUGAGCAAAGUAUCGAAGGUGAUGGACACCAUGUUGACAGCUUGGAAGAGGGCCUUGGUCAAGGACUGGGAAUCAUCCUGGACAAACUAAGAAACAUCGAGACGAAACUGGACGAGAUCAAGACCAUGGAACAAAAUAUCUGGUACCCCGAGCUGGAUAUGCCAACCAAAGAAUCGUACCUUCCAGAGGUUGGACAGACUCCAACAGCCACAUUGGCCUUCAAUAAGAACGACGAUAAAAGAAGUUCCGUGGAUCCAACUUGGCCGGACAAAGACCUGGACGCCAUCUCAUUGUGUUCCAAUGACCAAACGUCACAGACACUCAUUGCCCACAAUGGGUUGGAAAAUGAAGACAACGAAGAUGCUUUGAGCGUAGCUGACACUAUUCCUGCCGACGACAUUUUGGAGAAUGCUAAUGUGAUCGUGACCACUCCCGAGACUGUGCGAGCCUCUCCCAUGAAAGAAUUCGCAAAGUUUGCCGUUGAUAUCUCUAGUUUGGCUACCUCUGAUGACGAGGAAGACACGACCACCGAGAGAAAUGCACGAAUUGAAGAACUCGCCAAAAAGAUCAUGGCUGAGAAGCAACAGCUUCAGAAGAUCGAGAGCCAAGAGCGCCAAUUGGCUCACGCCAAGGAUGAUUUAGACACCGUUUCAGAAGGAUCUGAAGACGAGGACGAGGAUCAUAAGGUUUCCGAGAGGAAGUUCCAGAACAUUGGAAUAACAAUUCGAAGGCGACGAACUAGGAGUGCGAGCCGAGACCGGUCUUUGGCCAAGAUCCGAUAUUGCUGGAGAUGCCAUCAAACGGGCCAUGAGAAUUUUGACUGCACUGCCGAACUUCACCCGGGAAAUUGGUGUCCCCGAUGUCUUGAAAACACCCAUUGGGAAGACGGAUGUUGGGUCAAUGAGCAACAGAUAUUUUGCACCAUUUGCACGCUUCCCGGACAUUUGCCCUGUGUUCACGAAACCUCAGAUUUCCGCCAACGGAAAUUGAUAGUGGAGACCUUUGGUUGGUUGGCCUUCAAGGACUGGUUUCGAGAGCCAGAUUUCUGGAGCUGGUGGAACAUUAGUGGGUACACUAAUGUUCCCCUAUAUAAAUUGAUGCAACACAAUCGAACCAAAGACGAAUAGUAGGGCCGAAUAGACAAUAAUUUAUUUUCCAACCUUAAGAGCGUGCAAGUUGUAUUUCAAAGACGAAGAACAUUCAUGGAACAAUAAAUGCUAUUCAUUUUGGAUAUCAGUCACCAUUA